AUGGGAUUUGGGAUCAACUCGACGGUGGGGCUGCCGCUGCCCCCCGGGGGGGGUCCCGAGGACGUGAAGCCCCCCCUGGGCAUCCGGGGUCCCCCCCCCUGCGCCCCCCACGGCCCCGGCAAGCGCCUCUGCGCCAUCUGCGGGGACAGGAGCUCGGGCAAGCACUACGGCAUGUCGAGCUGCGAGGGCUGCAAGGGCUUCUUCAAGCGCACGAUCCGCAAGGACCUGACGUACACGUGCCGCGACAACCGCGAGUGCGUGGUGGACAAGCGGCAGCGCAACCGCUGCCAGUACUGCCGCUACCAGAAGUGCCUGGCCACGGGCAUGAAGCGGGAGGCGGUGCAGGAGGAGCGGCAGCGGGGCAAGGACAAGGAGGGGGACGGCGAUUUCGGGGUGGCCCCCAACGAGGAGAUGCCAGUGGAGAAGCUUCUGGAAGCCGAGCUGGCCGUGGAGCCCAAGAGCGACGACGGCGCCGGCCCCGGCGGAGCCUCCGCGGCCGACAAGCAGCUCUUCACCCUGGUGGAGUGGGCCAAGAGGGUCCCCCACUUCUCGGGGCUCCCCUUGGACGACCAGGUCAUCCUGCUCCGUGCAGGUCAGCCGGGUGAUUUGAAGGCGGCCGACAAGCAGCUCUUCACCCUGGCGGAGUGGGCCAAGAGGGUCCCCCACUUCUCGGGGCUCCCCUUGGACGACCAGGUCAUCCUGCUCCGCGCAG